UAUUAAUCCACCCAUCCAGGGCGCAUGCGCAGAUUCUUUCGUCUCUGCAAACACAACUCAAAAAUCGACAAAUUAGUAAUCCUUCCCAUUUUAAUUAAUGUGUCAAGCUUGUUGCAAAGGGAAAGCCGAUGUCAUUCCAUCCAUCCGAUCCGAAGAGAUAAGCCCGAUAAGCCACAAGCGGUCACAAGGCAAGGUGCCUUCGACUGGGCAGCUGCACGGGUGCAAACCAAAACCAAAUUAUCGGUGCAAGCAUUGCAAGUGGUGCAAGUUCCUGGUUCCCCUUCCCGCUGCAUUUGGUUCGGAGGGUGCAAGGAUCCCCGGAAGGUCACGGAGAAAAGUUACUCUAGUUGAAAACGACUGGCUAUACUGAAGUGUUCCGAGAACAUGGGACGAAAAGUUACGCUAGCUGUAUCCACGCUCAACCAGUGGGCCAUGGACUUCGAUGGGAAUUACAGGAGGAUCUUGCAGAGUGUCAAGGAGGCAAAGGCAAAAGGAGCAUCCUUUCGCAGCGGGCCGGAGUUGGAGAUAACGGGCUACGGAUGUGCGGACCACUUUCACGAAAGUGACACUUUGCUCCAUUCCUGGGAGGUGGUGGCAGCUCUGCUCAGAGACAUUCUCUGUCAGGAUAUUCUCAUUGAUGUGGGGAUGCCUGUCAUGCACAGAAAUGUUACCUAUAAUUGCAGAGUGAUUUUUCUAAAUAAGAAAAUUUUGCUGAUACGACCCAAGAUGAUUCUAUGCGAUGACGGCAACUACAGAGAAACACGAUGGUUUGCUCCUUGGACGAAGGCUCGGCAAGUUGAGGAGUAUUUCCUGCCGAGAAUGAUUCAGGAAAUUUCUGGCCAAAGGACAGUGACUUUUGGGGAUGCGCUGAUUUCAACGCUUGACACGUGCAUUGGGUUUGAAAUCUGCGAAGAGCUUUGGAAUCCCAGCAGCACUCACGUUACACAAGCACUGGAUGGAGCGGAGAUCAUUGUCAAUGGCAGUGGUUCCUACCACGAACUCCGCAAGAACUACGUCAUAGCUGACCUGAUAAAGUCUGCGACGGCCAAGAGCGGAGGAAUCUACAUGUUUAACAACCUGCGUGGCUGUGACGGUGAGAGAGUCUAUUAUCAAGGAUGUUCAAGCAUUGCCAUCAACGGGGAUUUCGUGACAGUUGCCAAACAGUUUGCUCUGCCAGAAGUGGAAGUGAGCACAGCAACAGUGGACCUGGAAGACGUCAGGGCAUAUCGCAACCUAGUUAGGAGUAGGGCUCUCAAGGCAGCCCAGUCUGAAGCAUAUCCCAGGGUUGUUGUGGAGUUCAGUCUAUCCCAAACCCAAGACCUGGCGCCCACUCCCACCAUGGACUGGGUUUUCCCCACUCCGGAGGAAGAAAUCAGCUUGGGACCUGCCUGCUGGCUCUGGGACUACUUGAGACGCAGUGGUCAAGGAGGAUUCUUCUUGCCCCUGAGCGGAGGAAUUGACAGUGCCAGUGUUGCCAGCAUAGUGUACUCUAUGUGCCGAUUGGUCUGCAGUGCAGUCCAGGAUGGGGAGGAAGACGUCCUAAAGGAUGUCCGUCGCAUCGUGGGCUGCCCCGAGUACCACCCACGAGAGCCUCGUGAACUCUGCAACCGUGUCCUUGUCACCUGCUACAUGGGGACAGAUAAUUCCUCUCGUGAAACCAGAGCUCUUGCCAAGGACCUGGCCAACCAGAUUGGAAGUUAUCACGUUGCAGUAGCGAUUGAUGCGGCCGUGACAGCCAUAGUGGCGAUCUUCACAACGCUUACCGGAAAACGGCCGCGCUUCCGAGCUCUCGGUGGCGGUGCUAGGGAGGACCUGGCCCUGCAGAAUGUCCAGGCAAGGGUGCGCAUGGUUGUCGCUUACCUCUUUGCGCAACUCAUGCUGUGGGUGCGAGACAGGCCAGGAGGACUUCUCGUGCUUGCCACUGGGAAUGUUGAUGAAGGGCUCCGAGGCUACCUCACCAAAUAUGACUGCUCGAGUGGUGAUAUAAAUCCUAUUGGUGGAAUUAGCAAAGUGGACCUGGUCAGAUUUCUGAGAUAUGCCCACAACGCUUUUAAGCUUUCUGCACUGAAUGACAUUUUAAUGAGAACACCAACUGCAGAGCUGACUCCACUACAGAAUGGACAGUGUGUUCAAUCAGACGAGGUGGACAUGGGAAUGACGUACGAGGAGCUAAGUGCUUUUGGAAGACUACGGAAACAGCUGUGUUGCGGGCCUUAUUCCAUGUUUGAGAAAUUGGUGUAUUCUUGGAAAGAUCCUCCCUCUCAGGUUGCAGAAAAGGUGAAGCACUUCUUCCGUUGCUACUCCAUUAACCGGCAUAAGAUGACUGUCCUGACCCCUUCCUACCACGCUGAAUCAUAUAGUCCAGACGACAAUCGCUUCGACCACCGUCCGUUCCUCUACAACGCCCUCUGGCUAUGGCAGUUCACUGCCAUUCACUCGCAGGUUAAGCUGUUGGAACUCCAGCGGGACAUUUCUUCAAACGGUCCGUCGUUGGGUCGUCAGGACAAGUCUCAGAAGGGUCCAAACCUUGCGCUAGAUUAUUCAAAUGACGGAACGGCCCCCUCCAAGGACAAGACCCCCGAAUACCGGGUCUGGAAUUUGGGUGUCUUCGUGCCAAACGUCCAAGAAAACCCUCAACUGUGCAGCGAUGAAUACAGGAAUGAAAGGAAUAACGGCGGAGUUUGGAUGAUGUGACAAAGUAACGGAGGCCAUUGUAAAUUGUUCAUCAGUCACCGCAAGCCUGUUGCCAUAUGAACCUAUUAGUAUUAUGACUGCAUAUAUCGAUGAGCUGUGAAUGCCUUGACAAGUAUUUGAUGUACUCACAACACACUUGAGCACCGGUACAGGUGUGGUUACCAGUAUGGUUCGAUCAAAGUAGCCAAUGAAUCAAGUAUUAUGGAGCGUAUUAUUAAUUGAUGAUGUUGCACUUCCACCGGGUGUAAAUUUCCUUUGACUGUUUGGAGCUGUACAGUAAAAGCACACAAAAAGGUCUUUGUUGUUACUGGUAUUUACAAUGCUGGUACUGGUGUAGUUACUGGUAUGGUUGGCUCGCAUUAAGUGGUCAACAAAUCAAGUAUUAUGGAGCGUAUUGUUAAUUGAUGAUGUUGCGCAUCCACCAGGUGUAAAUUUCCUUAGACUGUUUGGAGCUGUACACUAAAAGCACACAAAAAGGUCUGGGUUGUUGCUGGUAUUUUCAGCUCGUUUACAUCACCGUUGGCCAGUUUACCGUUGCCUAACAAAUACAUUCACUUAAAUAGUGGGGACUGUACCAAAUGCAAAUAAUCUCGAGACAUUGAGACAGUUCUUAGCUGAACAGACUUGUUUGUAACAAACUCAUAAAUAAGCUCAUGGGGAUUAGUGAUCUACCAUCGAAUUUUGCCAUGUUAACGUCCUGAGCUUUGUGACAAGCAACGUUAAAAGUCAGUGCUUGUCUGCAAAACCAUUUCUUAUGCAACAACCAGUGCUUAGGAAAUUUGUGUAUGUAUAUUAUGGGAUAUUCUUGCUUUAUCAACAAAGGCUUGAAAAUAAGGAUUUCACAAAAAUGACUGAAUGUCCCCAAAAAUAUAAAGUGUGCGUAUAAAAUUAAUUUAUUAGCUAUAACAAUUUAAGAAGCUAUUAAAUCUCACUUGCACAGCACAAAAUACUCAGGGGGUUUCAGAAAUAAAAAUGCUCCAGAGCAUGAAAAAAAGGCAUGAAGACACUCAUUUGAUAUCUCCAAAACCUUUUUUUCAUGAACAACUGCUUUGCAGGAAACAACUGUUUUGGAAACAAAACUUUUGGAAACGAACAACUUUUGGAAACAACCGAAGAACCUAUUUUCUGGUAGAGAAAGUCAAUGAUCUGUCGUGAAAAUUUUUUCUGACGUGCUUUCCUGGGUUGAGCACUUUGUUCUUACAACAGCCCAGAUAAUUGUAUUGCAUUUUUUUUUUUUUUCACAAAUGUUAUUAUAAAUGCAGUUGAGCCAUUCCAACUGUUACAAAGUCCUUCAGAAUUCAAUCUUUCUUUCAGUAAGAACUUCCUUGCAAUUCUUGCUUCAUUACUACUAAUUGGAAAAGCACUCCAUGCAUGAACCUGGUGUGCCUUGAGGUACUAACUUUGCACAAUAUUUUUGUAAAUGAGUCACAUAUUGAGUACAGUGACAGGUCUCUACCAGCUUUAUCAAAAUUUAUGGUGCUUCUGUGAAGGAGACACAAGUAACUUUUUCAUGUGUUUAUUUAGAUAUGUGAUUAUGCCACUUUAAAGAAAUGUACAGACGUUGCGGGUGCACAAAGACCACUCUGCGUACGGUACACUGAAGAUUUUACAGAAGCAUGCGUAUAUAUACACUCAGUUUUUGGCCUUGGUGACCUCUUCUGUAGCACAAGUCUCUCUGGAAUACAUCACUCAGUCGGUAAAUUACUUAAAAGUGUUUGUUGCCAUUGAAAAUAAAUAAUGUACUUAAUGAUUUUUUA